UUGGUUUCCCUGCUGGCUGCGUUUCGCUCUCCGAGGCCAUUUUGGACUCAGUUCAGUUCCGUGCAUGUCAGAAUCGAACCCUGUCCUGCCAUUCUCGCUCUUGCACGGGAAAAGCGUCACACACGAACGGGAUUUGGGUGGAAAUCGCCGGUUCUUUCGCACUGGGAGGCGCUUCUGUGGGAAUAGCCGCUUUUCCUGAUGGAUCUGUGCAUGUGUUAAAGUUUGAUUAAAGCCCGAUCGGUGGGUGGACAUCAGGCCGACGGUCACUCGGGCUCUUGUGUGUGUGUGUGUGUGUGUGUGUGUGUGUGCGCGCGCGCGCGCGCUUCCCCGAUCGCUUUAAAUGUGUGCAAAGCAGAAAACACUGAAAAGGAGAAAACCCGGGGUGUUUUUGUGUCACUAGAGGAAUAUGUUCGCCUUCUGGCUGACUUUUGCACUUCUUCUGGGAACUUUCAGUGCAGGACCCAGUCAUGCCGAGGUGGAGACUCGCGAGUGCUUGUACUUCAACGUUAACUGGGAGGUGGAGAAGACGAACCGCAGCGGCGUGGAGCGCUGUGAGGGAGAGAAGGACAAGCGCUCGCACUGCUACGCCUCCUGGAGGAACAGCUCCGGCAGCAUCGAGCUCGUCAAGAAGGGCUGCUGGCUAGACGACUUCAACUGCUACGACAGGUCAGCCUUGCGGCGCUUGAUUAGUACUAGUCAUAACUCAUCAGGGGUUAAUGUCCCACCUGCAGGGAACUUAUUAGAGGAAACUAAAAGCAGAAUUUUUGAUGUUGUUCUUGUCUCUGGUUGGUCAGUGAUCGAGCCUCCUCCGCUGGCGCUGCUCAAUGUUCUGGUUUACUCUCUGCUUCCCGUCACGAUGCUCUCCGUGGUGCUGCUGCUGGGCUUCUGGAUGUACCGGCACCGCAAGCCUCCUUACGGACACGUGGACAUCAACGAGGAUCCGGGUGCGUCUCCUCCCUCGCCGCUGCUGGGUCUGAAGCCUCUGCAGCUGCUGGAGGUUAAAGCUCGAGGACGCUUCGGCUGCGUCUGGAAAGCUCAGAUGAUGAAUGAAUAUGUGGCUGUGAAGAUCUUCCCAAUUCAGGACAAGCAGUCGUGGCAGAACGAGCGUGACAUGUUCUCCACGCCGGGCAUGAAGCACGAGAACCUGCUGCACUUCAUCGCCGCCGAGAAACGCGGAAGCAACCUGGAGACGGAGUUCUGGCUCAUCACCGAGUUUCAUGAGCGGGGCUCGCUGACGGAUUAUCUGAAGGGGAGCGUGCUGAGCUGGAGCGAUCUGUGUCACAUCGCGGAGACGAUGGCCUGCGGUCUGGCGUAUCUUCACGAGGAUGUGCCUCGCUCUAAAGGAGAGGGUCCUAAACCGGCCAUCGCUCACAGAGACUUCAAGAGCAAGAACGUGAUGCUGAGGAGCGACCUCAGCGCGGUGCUGGGGGACUUGGGGCUGGCGGUGCGCUUCGAGCCGGGGAAGCCUCCGGGAGACACACACGGUCAGGUCGGGACGCGCCGCUACAUGGCUCCGGAGGUGCUGGAGGGGGCCAUUAACUUCCAGCGGGACGCCUUCCUGAGGAUAGACAUGUACGCCGUGGGGCUGGUGCUGUGGGAGCUGGUGUCGCGCUGCAAAGCUGCAGACGGUCCUGUAGACGAGUACAUGCUGCCGUUUGAGGAGGAGAUCGGCCAGCAUCCGUCUCUGGAGGAUCUUCAGGAUCUGGUGGUUCAUAAGAAGAUGAGGCCUGUGUUUAAGGACUGCUGGCUCAAGCAUUCAGGUCUGGCGCAGUUGUGCGAGACGAUCGAGGAGUGCUGGGAUCACGACGCGGAGGCGCGGUUAUCAGCCGGCUGCGUGGAGGAGAGAAUCUCUCAGAUCCGCCGCCUGGCGAGCGUCACUACCUCAGACUGCCUGCUUUCCAUGUCGCUCACCAACGUGGACCUGCCUCCCAAAGAGCCCAGCAUCUGACCCUCCCAUCUCAAACCACAUCGGAGCAGCUGCUAUUCUAUCCUAACGUUUUUAAACUUCAUUAUUAUUAUUGUUAUUGUUAUUUUUCUGAUCGGAUCAGUAACUACCAGCACACUUCUCUACUGUAUUUUUAUCAUCCGAGCAAACGCAGAAGAUUUUUUAACAUGCAUUCAGGUGCCGACGAAUGAAUGCCGACCGGCGACGUUUCAGUUCUGCCGAUUCCGUUGAUUUUCCUCGCUCUUCUUCUUCUGGGUUUUCCGUUCGGAUCGACGAAGCAACCAGUUCCUCUGAAGAUUCAACAGUGCUGCAAACCCCGCGAGGAUCAUGAUGACUGUUACACGCGCAACCCGACCUCCUCGCCGGGAUUUCGCUUUUUAUUUCUCUCUCUCUUUUUCUUUCCAACAGUGUGCUGUUUGGAAUUACGGAAAACGUGUCUUUUACGGAACUAACGGGUGUUGAGGAACACAACGGAGAAGACAUCUGGACUAAUUCCUUUUUCUUUCUUUAUUUCUUUUGUUUCGGGUUUUAUUUUGUGGUGGGCUUUUAUCGAGUGGAUAUGGCUGGAAACUCUUGCAUGUGGAAAUAUGGGAGGUUUGGUACGGAAAUCUUUCUCAGGUAUCCAGUGUCAAGGGGUCCAUGACUGCCUUUCCCACGUCAUUACAGGACAGAGAGAAAUAUAGCGGUGCCCUGAUGAAUUUAACACUAAACAUGCAAGACCGAGUGAGUGUGUGUGUGCGCGAGUGAGUGAGUGUGUGCGUGUUUGGUGCUGAGAGUUUGUGUGUGUGUGUGUGUGUGUUUGGUGCUCAGAGUUUGUUGAAAAUAGAAAAAAAGACCAUAAAAGGUUUGGCCCGUAUGAACGUAAGUGUUGGUUUUUCCUGUCUAGUUUCUCUUGUAAUAAUGCAACAUGUGUUUUGGACUCAGAAGAGUGAAAUUCCGGGUCAAAACACCUCGAAAUCAAAGGAAAAAAAUAAGAAAUAAUAUUUGUUGUAAAUAAAAUAAAGGCUUUUA